CUGAACACGAAAAACGACGAACACGAGGCGGCCAUCGCCACUCUGAAGGAGGCCCAUGAAGAGGAGGUGCAGCAGAUCCUGUCUGAGACCAGAGAGAAGAUCCUACAGUACAAGAGUAAGAUCAGCGAUGAGAUGGACCUGAAGAGGCGGAUCCAGUCUCUGGAGGAGUCCAUGGAGCUCCACGAGAGGAUGAAGAGGCAGGCGCUGGCCGAGUUCGAGAGCUACCGUCAGAGGGUGGAGGACAUGCAGCUGUGCACCGACGCUCAGCACACGCAGCGAGUGGUUUCCAUGUCGAGGGAGGUGGAGGAGAUGAGGCGGUCCUUCGAGGAGAAGCUGCGUACGUUCAGCCAGGCCCAGUCCCAGUUCGAGCAGGAGAAGAAGGUGGCCCUGGAGGAGCUGAAGGCCCAGCACCGCCAGGAGAUCCAGGAGCUCCUGCGCAGCCACCAGAGCCAGAACGCCAACUACAGCAAAGACCAGGAGAAACUGGGACAGCUGCACAAAGCCGAGGUGGAUUCUCUGACGGAGCGGGUGGAGGAGCUCAAACAGGACAAAAAGAGGCUGGUGGAGGAGUACGAAGCCAAACUCAGCAAGGCCCAGGCCUUCUACGAGCGCGAGCUGGAGGCCAUGAAGAGAACCCAGCAGCUGACCGCCGACAACCUGUUGGCAUGGAAACGCACCGAGGCCGAGCUGCGGCGGGAAUUCCAGACCCAGGAGGCGGCGCUCCAGAAAACCCUGGGAAAGCUGAGGUCCGAGCUGGCCCGGGUGUCCGACGAGGCCCGGGAGAACCGAGAGAAGUCCCACAAACUGCAGAGUUCACUGAACACAGCAGAGGGCACCAUCAAGGACCUGACCAAGCAGCUGGACGAGGUGACCCAGAACUCCGAGAUCGUGGAAAUCCGUCAGAAGGAAGCGGAAUGUGAACUAGAGGCAGCCAGAGACCGGGUCCAGCAGCAGGCCACCGAGAUCCUGCUCAAAGCCAGUCAGAUCAGCAGCCUCCAGGCCACCCAGAUGACCCAGGAAGCCGCCAUCCGGGACCUGGACAACGAGCGGAGCCGGCUGAAGGACAAGGUGGUGAGGAUGGAGGAGGAGAGGGAGGCUCUGCAGAACCAGGGCCACGCUCUGGACGACCGGCAGAAGCAGCAGAUCCUGUCUUUGGAGAAGGCGCUCCGUGAAGAGAAAUCGUCCCACGAGAAGGACAUGAGCAGCAUCCGAGGCCGCUACGAGGAGGAGGCCAGUCAGAUGAAGGAGAGCCAGGCCCGGGCUCUGGAGGACGUGGCCAAGAAACACAGAGUGACCCUGGAGAACGCACUCAGCAACGCCGAGAAGGACAAGAACCGCCUGCUGGCCGAGCUGGAGCAGCAGUUUGAGAGGGAGCGUCUGUCACUGGAGGAGCAGAAGACGCUCCUGAGGCAACAACUGGACGAACUCAGAGACGAACUGACGUCCAAACUGACCGCAGCCAAUGAGGAGGUGUCUCGGCUGCAGCAGGAGGUCCAGCAGGGGGAGCAGGACAUCGGAACAGCCGAGGGACAGAUCUCCACCCUGAAGGAGGCGCAGGACAAACUGUUGGAGGAGCUGGACGCCACCAGAGCCCGACUGAGGGAGACCAGCAACCUGCUGACCGCACUGCAGGGUGAAUUGGAGACCCAGAAACGUCAGCACGAAGCCAAACUCAUCACCACCAAAGAAGAAGAGAAGCUGAAGAUGGAUAAGAUGGCUCUGGAGCUGGAGCUCAAAUGGACCGAAACACUCAGGCAGGAGUGUAAGAAGCUGCGUGAGGAGCUGAGGGAGGACCAUGAGGAGGACAAGGCCUCGGCUCUGGCUCAGCUGACACAAAGCAAAGAGCAGGAGAUGAGCAACGCCAGGGAGAGCUGGCAGAGGAAGGUGGAGGACCUGCUGGAACAGAUCUCGCUGUUGAAGCAGAGUCUGGAGAUGCAGCUGUCCCAGUCGCAGUCGUCGCUGCAGCAGCUGCAGCACCAGUUCAGUCAGGAGAGGGAGCACCUGAGGAUGCAGCUGGACGAGCUGCAGACCGAGCACCAGAGGCGGCAGCAGCGUCUGCAGGAGGCCCACUGCUGCGCCGUCCAGGACAUGGAGCACGCCAGGCAGCGCGACCUCAAGGAGCUGGAGGAGCGUCUCCGCCAUCAUCACCACGCAGAGCUGCAGUCUCUGCGAGAGGCUCACCGCCAGAGCAUCGAGACGCUCAAACAACAGUCGGAACAAGAGCUGCAAACGCUGCGCUUUGAACUGGAGGACGAAGGCAAAGCCAUGCUGGCCUCUCUGCGGUCGGAGUUGAAUCACAUCCACGCAUCGGCCAUCGAACAUCUGAGACAAACCCACCAACAGGAGUCGGCUGCUGCCAAGAUGGAGCUGGAGAAAACCCUGGAGAACAACCGGAUACAGGAGCGUGAGCUGCUGGGUCGGAUCACUGAGCUGCAGGAGGAGGUGUCCAGGAGGAAGAACCACAUCGCUCAGCUGGACCACCAGAUCCACACACUUAAUGAGAACAUCAGCUCCCUGACCAAGGAGCUGGAGCUGAAGGGCAAGGAGGUGCUGAAGAUCCGCAGUGAAGCCAAUCAGCAGAUCCGGGUUCACGAACAGGAGCUGACGAAGAGGCACGAGAGGGAGCUGACGGAGCUGAGCGUGGCCCACAGCAGAGAGACACAGAACAUGCUGUCAGACUUCAACAAAGCCCAGGAAGUCCUCAAAGACAAGAUCUCCGCCCUCCAGAUCCUGCUGGAGGGGACAGAGGAGAAGUUCAGGAACAGAGAGAGUCGUCAUGAGGAUCUGCAGCUCAUCGCUGAGCUGAAGGACAUGGUCUCAGAGAGGGAGUCUCUGGUCAAGAAACUGGUGGAUGAUAAGAAGUUCUACCAGCUGGAACUGGUCAACAGGGAGACCAACUUUAACAAAGUGUUCAAUGCCAGUCCAAACGUGGGCGUCAUCAACCCGCUCAUUAAGCCCUCCUGAAAUGAAGGACUCCAUCGACUCCCCGGACGCUCAGCGCCAGGAGUGGUUCGCCCAGUACUUUUCCUUUUGAUCGACCACAAACCUGCAAAACACAAGGAUUCAGCAUGUCAACCAAAAAAUACAAAAAAAAUAAUAAAAUAAAAUUUAAAAAAAUUAUUAAAAAUACAAAC